UAUUGGGCCUGGGCCAACACUAAAAUACAAAGCUUGAUUUAUGAUUGUUUAUAAUCAGAUCCCAAACCGUUCGUCCUCCGAAGCGAGUAAAGGUUCUUGCGUCGUCUAUCGAAGUCUACCUUCUCGCGAAAUUUCGAAUUUUCUCGGGAAAAUUUUCGACAACGAGGUAUAUCCUCGAGCAGAUACACGACCUUCGAGCUCUCUGAUUGAAGGUUUUGAAUCGACUUGCGUAAGUAAAAUCUCGAGGAUGAAGAGCGAGAGAGAAGUUAAGAACGGUGGUGUUGAGGAAGAGAGAGAUGCGAAGCGGAAGAGAGUGAUAGAGCGAUCUAAUGAUCACGAUGUCGAGGAAGCGGAGAACGAGCAGAAGAAGGAUAACGGAGUUGCGGAGCUCGAUGACAACGAAGAUGAUGAUGCUGAUGCCUCUAAAGGGGGCAAACGUUCACGCCGUGUUGAAGUUCGUCGAGAUUGCCCCUAUCUUGAUACUGUUAAUCGUCAGGUUUUGGAUUUUGAUUUCGAGAGGUUUUGCUCAGUCUCAUUGUCGAAUUUGAAUGUCUAUGCGUGUCUUGUGUGCGGGAAGUAUUUUCAAGGAAGAAGCCAGAAGUCUCAUGCUUAUACACAUAGCUUGGAAGCAGGUCACCACGUUUACAUCAAUCUUCUCACGGAGAAGGUGUAUUGUCUUCCUGAUAGUUACGAGAUCAAUGACCCUUCUUUGGAUGACAUUCGUCAUGUUUUAAACCCAAGGUUUAGUAGGGCACAAGUAGAAGAGCUUGAUAGGAAUAAGCAGUGGUCUAGGGCUCUUGAUGGCUCUGACUAUCUCCCGGGAAUGGUGGGGUUGAACAACAUACAAAAGACAGAGUUUGUGAACGUUACAAUCCAAUCGUUGAUGAGAGUUACUCCUCUAAGGAACUUUUUCCUUAUUCCCGAGAACUAUCAGCAUUGCAAGUCUACUCUUGUUCACCGCUUUGGGGAACUCACUCGAAAGAUUUGGCAUGCUCGAAACUUCAAAGGACAGGUAAGUCCACAUGAGUUCUUGCAGGCUGUCAUGAAAGCCAGUAAGAAGCGAUUUAGAAUAGGCCAGCAAUCAGAUCCAGUAGAGUUUAUGUCGUGGCUCCUUAACACUUUGCACAUGGAUCUUCGAACUUCAAAGGACGCCAGCAGUAUCAUCCACCAGUGCUUCCAGGGUGAGUUAGAAGUUGUGAGAGAGUAUCAAGGCAAUGAAAACAAAGAAAUAUCCAGGAUGCCUUUUCUGAUGCUGGGGUUAGAUUUGCCACCGCCUCCUCUUUUCAAAGAUGUCAUGGAGAAAAACAUUAUCCCGCAGGUUGCUCUAUUCGAUCUGUUGAAGAAGUUCGAUGGAGAAACUGUGACAGAGGUGGUUCGCCCAAGGCUAGCCAGAAUGAGAUAUCGAGUAACCAAAUCUCCUCCGUACUUGAUGUUCCAUAUGGUUCGCUUCAAGAAGAACAACUUCUUCAAGGAGAAGAACCCUACCUUGGUUAACUUCCCAGUGAAAGACAUGGAGCUGAGGGAUUACAUACCAUCAUUGCCUACUGCCGCUGAAGGGGAGAAGACGUGUACAAAGUAUAACUUAAUCGCCAACAUCGUACAUGAUGGUAAACCAGAGGAUGGGUAUUUCAGAGUGUUUGUGCAGCGGAAGUCGCAAGAACUCUGGUACGAGAUGCAGGAUUUGCAUGUUGCAGAGACGCUCCCACAGAUGGUGGAACUAUCGGAAGCAUACAUGCAGAUAUAUGAGCUGCAGGAGGAAUAGACCGCAGUAAACAAAAGCUUACUCAUCAUCGCUUUAAAGAGUUAGUUUCCAGCUUUUUCUUGUAUUGAGGAUAGAGAUUAAAGACGUGUUCUUCCACAACUCUUUUUGGAUAUAGAUAAUAUUGAACCUCUUGAAGGCUUACUCAUAUGGAAAGACCCAAAGGAAAACGAAACCAUGAGUUUUGGGAACAGGCCUUAUUGCAUCAUUUGUUUAAAAAAUAUAAAUCUAUUGAUGA